AGGAAACUGGCCUCUGAAGAAGCAGCUGAGCUCUUGACUGCAUCCGGAGCCCCAGCCGUCACAGGCCCCUGCGCCUUUCCAGGUGUCUGACUUAAUGCCCCUCACCAGAGCCAGAUCUUUCUCUAAUGGGUCCUCAGCGAAGACCACUGUCAUUCCAUUGACAGAGACACUCAUGACCAUGCCCACUGCCACCCCCUCCGAAUCAUCAUCCUCCUGUCUGGGCUCCCACAUCUGGAUCCAGAUCCUGAGACUCCUCCGCGUCCUGCAGCUGCUCUCCACCUGUGCGGCCUUCUCCCUGGUGGUCAGCAUGGGCACCUGGAGGGAGAGAAAAAUUUACUGGUACAUGUUUGCCUGGGCCUUCUGCUUCAUCGUGACCCUCCUCAUCCUCAUAGUUGAGUUAAGGAAACUUGAAUCCCGCUUCCCCUUCUACUGGUACAACUUUCCUAUCAACUAUGCCUGCUACGCCACCCUCGUCUGCCUCUCAGCCUCCAUACUCUUUGGCGCCACCUGCAUCCAGUUCUUGCCUCAGGGCCCCACCCGGGACAACGCCAUCACCGCCACUGCAUUCUCCUGCAUUGCUGCUGUGGCUUAUGCCACCGAAGUGGCCUGGACCUGGGCCUGUCACCUGCGAGGUGAGAUCACCAGGUUUAUGCGCACAAUGCCAGGCGUGCUCAAGCUGCUGGAGAGCUCCAUGGCCAGUCUCAUCUUGGGCUUCAUCAGCGGCCCCCAGGUCUAUCAGCCCCAUCCAGCCCUGUUGUGGUGUGUGGCUGUGUACUACAUCUGCUUCAUCCUGGCGAUCGUGGCCCUCCUGCUGGGCCUGGUUGACUUCGACAAUAGGCAGCCUGUCCUCUUCCGCAUUUCCCUACUGGGGCUGAGCCUGCUCUCCGUCCUCCUCUACACCAGCGCUGUGGUCCUCUGGCCGCUCUACCAGUUCAGCGAGAAGUUGGGUGGCCAGCCCCAGCGGUCCAGCGAUGUGAGCUGCAGCGAUGAGCUCCCCUCCACAAUAUGCACCUGGGACCAACAACUGACUGUGGCCAUCCUGACAGCCAUCAACCUGCUGGUUUACGUGGCUGACAUGGUGUACUGGGCCCUCCAGGUUUUUGUCAGGGACUGAGGAUCAGCCCAGGGGCUCCCAAUUUCUGCUUCCCUCUGAGUUCUUAUGGCCUCUGAUGUCCUCUUCCUGUCCCCUCUCUC